AUGCUAAGUCUUCUAAUAGCCAUAACCUAUUAUUAUAUUGCACAACAACUAGGCUUCCAUUCAAUGAGCUUAUCAAGUUCAGGCUGUAGUCUAAUAUUAAACUUUAAUAACGUAACAGAUUAUUACGUACGUUAUAUGGUAUUCCUACGAGAUCCAUCAGAAAUAUUUAUCGAGGGCAAAAGAUUAACUAGUAAAGUCUACAUGCUCCCAUAUCAUUCUAUAACAUAUAAUAUAUCUAGUCCUUCAUUAACUCAAGUUAAAUUUGCCAUUUGCCUUUUCCAAAAAACAUGCGAUUCUCUUGAAUUCUGGAUUUCACCAGCUUCAGAAACAUAUAGCAUUACAAAAACUACUGGUUCUUCCAAACAAAAUUAUUGUUUACUUAUUUUAGAUUCUAAUUACUUUUCGAUAAAAAUUAACAAGCAUUCUGACCCUAAUGAUGUUUAUUAUUCAAAUAAUGGAGGCCCACCCGAUGACUACCUUCAUUACGCUAGAGACCCAAUUAAUAACUUGGAGAUUUUUGGAUUAUUAUAUACACAACCUCGUUCCACAACAGCUAACACAGACUAUCAGAUAACAGCAGUUUCUGGUAACUCUGAUUACAACUAUAAAUAUUAUGAUAAUAGCAAAUCAAGGCUUAUUUUUUCGAACGGAAUUGACAUUAGGCCACUUCCAGAACCAAGAGGAAGUUCUUCUUCUGGUUCAUCAUCUGGAGGAUCUUCCUCUGGUUCAUCAUCUGGAAGUUCUUCCUCUGGUUCAUCAUCUGGAAGUUCUUCCUCUGGUCCUAAUUCUAGAGGAUCAAUUACUGAUUAUUACGACACUCUUGUAUAUGGAAUUAACUCACUAUACAUAGCAGGAACUAAAAAUUUCUACCUCAAGAAGAAUUCAUUAAUUGUUUUCACAAAUUAUGAUUAUCUUGAAGCCUCAGUAGUUAUGGGAUCAAAUACUUUUUAUUUGAAUAGUUCUGAUGCCAAAGCUGUUGUAUUUUUAGAGGAUGGCAGACUUUCCUUAAGAGUACUGGAAGAUCGUACACUUACAUGUAAUUUAAAUCUUUACGACUAUUCAACUUUAAACGAAUCAUGCACUUAUGUAACAAUACUUUCUGGUAACGUGAAAUACAAAUUGGAUCCAGAUGAAGGUAAUAUAUAUUGUGUUGUAUCUGCUUUGACAGUUGGACGUGUUGAAAUAAAAUCGAAUGAUCUUUAUCAUUAUUCUUUAGAUGCAGAAGGUUCAACAUCUUACGAAACAACAACAUCAAACAUGCGAAAAAGUGAGCCUAUUAUGACAUUAACAGCAAGCGAUGGUUAUUAUGAUGGCAAGAUCGAAUUCUCUUUAAGUGUAACUAAAAAUGACGACAAUUUUGUCAUUGAUGGAUCCGAUUCGAAAUACAAUUUUUAUUCGAUUUCCUCUUCUUCUUCUUAUAAGAUAAAUACAUAUGAAUCAGUUGGAAAAGCUAGUGGUAUUGGUGGUGGUGGUCUUCCAUCAUGGGCAAUUAUUGUUAUUAUUGUCAUUGUUAUCAUUAUUGUUCUUUCUAUCAUUUGCACACUUUGCUGCAUCUGUUGUUGUGGUGCAAAAUGUUGUUGUUCAUCAUCAUCAUCAACAUCAACAUCAUCAUACAACAACAAUAGCAAUAGCAGCAAUAACAACAACAACAGACGUCAAGUCGAAACAGUUGAAGAAGAUAGAUCAACAAGAGUUCAAGUUAACGCAGUACCAGCAUCAUACUAUUCUCCUCCUCCACCAACUCAGCAACCUGCACCACAACCAUCACCACAGCCAACACAACAACAACCACAGCAGCAACAAGCACAAAUACCAAAUUACACUCCACCUCCAUCAUACAAUGCUCCACCACAACAGCCAAAUCCAUACAAUGCACCAUCGCCACAACAACCUAUUUAUGGUGCUCCACCACAACAAUCUGUUUUUGGUGCACCUCCAGAACAGCAACCAAUAUAUGGUGCACCACCACAACAAGCAGGCGCUUAUAUCCCUCCAGCACCUGCUCCAUCAUACGGUCUUCCAGAAGUCAAAGAAGACUAUGACAACCCAUACUACUAA